AUGGGCAUUCGUUUCGGCAACUCGGAUGUCUGGGUUGCUGCCAUCUCCGAUGUUCAGGCUAUCUUGUGCUAUGUGUUUGAUUCGUUCCUCAUGCGCCAGCUGCUCCGCGAGUACUCCGAGCAGCGCGAAGCCGUGGUCCAAAUCCAGUCCCGAUGCAACAGCCAUCAGCGCAUGAUCGCUAGCAUCAAGAGAAAGUUGGGACCAGAGGUGAUUCAUCGCGUCGCUGAGAAACGCAAGGAUCAGGCUCUCCAACCCCUGGAUCAUGGACUGCGUGCCCAGGGUCUCUUUGCGCGAUGUAUUAUCGUCUCGGCCAAGACGUUCGGACAUAUCAUAAGUGCCGGUCUCUAUUGGUUCUGCAUCUUCAUCUGGUUGGGCUUCGGCCCGCACUGCGGCUGGUCGGACCGGUGGCAACUCUACAUAAACGACGCAACGUCAGCGCUGAUGGUGCUGGUCUUUGCGUUUCUGGCCAGCCUGCGGGAAUGCUAUGCUGAUUACACCAACGUCUGCCUGGAUGCCAUCUUCAGACUCGAUUCGACUCUUGAGAAGGAGCUUCGCCGCCUCAGUCAAGAUGACCUUCCCAAUCAGACCGAAGUAAUCUUGCCACCGAAGGAGAACUUCCUGCAGGUCACGAUCUUCUACUAUGCCGACAUCAUCGGCACCCUGAUUGGCAUCAUCUUCCUCGUCUUAGUGAUCAUCACCUGGGCAGCUGUCGGGCCCAUCUUCCACUUCAACAAUAACUGGUGGCUGCUCAUCGGCACGUAUGCAGGGCUGGUUGGUCUGUUCGAUAGUUUCGUCCUCCGCAAUAUCCAAGGUAAGGUGCACCAAUACAUCAACAGUCAAAUUCGUAUUGUGGAAAAGGCAGACGUGAGGCUUUUCGCUGGCCUGUCGAUGGCUAUCCCUUCAUCUGGAAACGCCAAGCGCCCAUCAUUGAGCCAGCGUGUGUCCCGCUGGAUGGAUGCGGUCAGCUCCCAUCUCUUCAUGGUGAUCGCAGGCUUCCUUCUCACCAUUGGCUGUCUUGUCGCUUCAAGCGCCAUGAAGUGGAGCCUCACCGGACAGUUAAUUUCGAAUGUGCCUCCCAGCAUCAUCGAGACAUUCUUCAUGCUCAUUCUCAUCACUGGUCAGAACGAUGCGGAGGCAAACGCCCGAAUCGAUCUUACCAACAUAUACUACCGGCGCCAGCGGCUUCUGUCUUUCAUGCAACAUGCGAGCGAAUUCUGUGAACAGCGGGAGCUCUCUGAUGAUGCUACUCCGCCUGCACAGUGA